CAAGGAGCCACAUCUCGAGCGAAGAGCUGCCUGCCUCAAAAAGAAAGGUAGAUUUUGGGCACAAAUCGCUCCCACAUUGCUUAUAAUGGCUUCUACAGAGUGUAAGCACUACCAUGAUGAAGAGUACGAUCCUUGCCUUUUAUUUGAAACCUACAUUGGGGCUGAUAAGGAUCCUUCCAAGGAUCAGAUGAUAGAAUAUCCCAUUAAAGUUCUCCAUGAUAUACUCUCUUCAGGAUCAGUGAAAGGAGAAACUUUAAUCGAACUUAGUGUUAGUUCAUCAUUUAUACAUAUUCUGGUGGCUGCUGAUUACUUUGACAACAUCAUUUCGCUCCAACCCUCCGAAUCUGAUUAUCAAGAGGCACAGAAAUGGUUAAACAAGGAACCAGGAGCCAUAGACCACUCCCACCUUACAGAGUUUUUUUGUGGUCUUAAAGAUGAAUGCUCAGACUGUAAAGAACAUGAAGAAAAGACCAGAAGAGCCAUCAAACAGAUUUUAAGAUGGGAUAUUACCAAAGAUAACCCACUGGGUGAUGUUGUGUUGCCCCAAGCAGACUGUGUGUACAGUUGCGCCUACUUGGAACCUGUUAGUAAAGAUCAUGAGAUGUAUCUGAAGCUCCUAAAACAAAUCUGCUCCCUUGUGAAGGUUGGAGGUCACCUGAUCCUCAUUUCAGUAUUCAAUAUCUCUUACUUUAUGUUAGGCCAACACAAGUUUUCCGCCCUGACAUGUGAUGAAGAGUUUGUGCGAAAGGCUGUGUCGAGCAACGGGUUAAUUAUAGAGAAAUUUGAGAAAGAAAAAAACAAAUACAAUUCUGAUUUGUUUGAUUAUGAAUUUUUGGCAUAUUUUGUAUGCCGGAAGGAUAGAGAGGUCUAAAUGCCUGAAUCCCUAAAGACGAAGUUCAUCUUAACAUUGCUAUUAGUUUUUUAGGCUUGGUGAUUAUGGUUUCAUAGUUAUGGAGACCUUGCUCCUCACAACACAACAUGGUAUAAAUUCGAAUUAAACUUGAUCAUUGCUGUUUUUAUAAAAUGUCACAAUAAUGCUUGAAUUGUGCGUACGAAUACCGAAUUUUUCGAGUUGAAAGUAUUGUUAAGACUCAAAAAAUUGGAGUUUAAAUGGAUGUUCGUUUCCAUAAAUUCUCUUUAUUUUUCCUAAACAGGAAGUGCUCCAGCAGCCAUUUUAGGACCAUUGGCACUCAUUCUUGGAAAACAAUAAUGUGUUUAAUUUUCACUUGAAACUGGGUGAAAUAGAAAACAAUAAUGAGAUGAACUUCCCCAUGAAACUGGGUGAAAUAGAAAACAAAGACGGGAUUAACUUCUCCAUGAAACUGGGUGAAACAGAAAACAAUGAUGAGAUUAACUUCCCCAUGAAACUGGGUGAAAUAGAAAGCAAUGAGGGGAUUAACUUCUCCAUGAAACUGGGUGAAAUAGAAAACAAUGAGGGGAUUAACUUCCCCAUGAAACUGGGUGAAAUAGAAAACAAUGAGGGGAUUAACUUCUCCAUGAAACUGGGUGAAACAGAAAACAAUGAGGGGAUUAAUUUCCCCAUGAAACUGGGUGAAAUAGAAAACAAUGAGGGGAUUAACUUCUCCAUGAAACUGGGUGAAAUAGAAAGCAAUGAGGUGAUUAACUUCUCCAUGAAAAUGGGUGAAACAGAAAACAAUGAGGGGAUUAAUUUGUCAUUCAGAAUGUGUCAAGCACAGGCUGUCACUGACUAUUCUAUUCCUUUACUAGUCUAACCCUCCAUAAGACUCAAUGGUACUGGACAGAUCGAACCUUUCUAUUUCCAAAAAAAGUUAAAUAAACAUUAAUAAAUCACAAAUGAUUGGAGUUAUUUUUUAAAAACUAGAAUUUUUCAGGGAACAAUAAUAAAAAAAUGAGUUCUGGUGAAAACCCAUUCAUAAAUCUCGAAAUUAUCUAGAAGUAAGAAAAAAAAUCCAACUUUAUCUCAAAAUUGCUUAGUAAAUGUGCCCCCCAAUUCCAGCCAGGGCAACUUAAGGAUAUAGUUGGUAAGUUUCCCACUUUCUGCCUGGUGUUUCUUCUAGAUUUCUCCCAUGUUCCAAGACUGAGCCUAGUGUGAAUUCCAUAGGGUGCUUUAAUCAUAAGUUCCAUGGUGCAGAAACUGAUGUGAAUGGUAUAUAACAAUAUAUUUAAUAACACAAUUUAAAGUAGCUUUUCAUUGGUAAUGAGAAAUCUCCUGCUAAAUUAAUAAAAUAUUAUAAUGACAUUUGGAAGUGGUUGGAUUCAUUUUGGCUGCUGAACCAUUGUUAUCAUCAAUUAAAUAAAGAUAAGUUUAUACUUUAUCUGCAA